CCCGCUGCGGUGGCCGGGGAGGCCGGCGGGCUGGCCCGGGGGCGGGGGAGCGGCGGAGCUCAGCCCGCCCCCGCUCUCUGCCCCUUGACGUGGCGCGGACUCUCCCAUCAGCCAUGUUGAUGCGUCGGCAGCGCCGGGGCGGCUGCGAGCGGGCGGGCGGGGAGAGCGAGCACAGCGGGAGCAGCGGCGGCGGCGGCCGGGACGCGGUGUUAGAGAGAAGUUGACCAUGACAACCUUCCUGGAAUUUAUCCAGCAGAAUGAGGAUAGAGAUGGAGUUAGAUUCAGCUGGAAUGUUUGGCCUUCAAGUCGCCUGGAAGCUACAAGAAUGGUAGUCCCUGUGGCUGCCCUCUUCACACCCCUGAAAGAGCGGCCAGACUUGCCUCCUAUUCAGUAUGAGCCAGUGCUGUGCAGUAGGACCACGUGCCGAGCUGUUCUGAAUCCCUUAUGCCAAGUGGAUUAUCGAGCGAAACUCUGGGCUUGCAACUUUUGUUACCAGAGAAACCAGUUUCCUCCUACUUACGCUGGCAUAUCUGAAAUGAAUCAGCCAGCUGAACUUUUGCCUCAGUUCUCCAGCAUUGAAUAUGUAGUACAGCGUGGUCCUCAGAUGCCUUUGAUAUUUCUUUAUGUUGUGGAUACAUGCAUGGAAGAUGAAGACUUGCAAGCUCUGAAGGAAUCCAUGCAAAUGUCCCUCAGUCUCCUGCCACCAACAGCAUUAGUAGGUCUCAUUACCUUUGGCCGAAUGGUGCAAGUUCAUGAGCUUGGCUGUGAAGGAAUUUCCAAAAGUUAUGUCUUCAGAGGAACAAAGGACCUCUCUGCAAAACAGCUGCAGGAAAUGCUGGGGCUUACAAAAGUAGCUGUUGCACAAGUCGGUCGGGGUCCUCAGGUGCAGCAGCCACCACCUUCUAACAGAUUUUUGCAACCAGUGCAGAAGAUUGAUAUGAAUCUUACUGAUCUUUUGGGUGAGCUGCAGCGGGAUCCUUGGCCUGUUCCACAAGGAAAACGGCCCUUACGUUCCUCUGGAGUGGCCCUGUCUAUAGCUGUUGGGCUCCUUGAGUGCACUUUCCCUAAUACUGGUGCACGCAUAAUGAUGUUCAUUGGAGGACCAGCAACGCAGGGACCUGGCAUGGUUGUAGGGGAUGAGUUGAAGUUACCUAUAAGAUCAUGGCAUGACAUUGAAAAAGACAAUGCAAAAUAUGUUAAAAAGGGUACUAAGCAUUUUGAAGCCCUGGCUAAUCGAGCUGCAACAAAUGGUCAUGUUAUUGACAUCUAUGCAUGUGCAUUGGAUCAGACUGGUCUGCUGGAGAUGAAGUGUUGUCCCAACUACACUGGAGGCUACAUGGUAAUGGGAGACUCGUUCAAUACAUCAUUAUUCAAACAAACUUUUCAGAGAGUAUUUACUAAAGAUAUGCAAGGACAAUUUAAGAUGGGAUUUGGUGGCACAUUAGAAAUAAAGACUUCAAGAGAAGUAAAGAUUUCUGGAGCGAUUGGACCCUGUGUCUCUCUCAACUCUAAGGGACCUUGUGUCUCAGAAAAUGAGAUUGGAACAGGAGGCACUUGUCAGUGGAAGAUUUGUGGUCUUAAUCCUACUACAACACUUGCACUGUACUUUGAGGUGGUAAACCAGCACAAUGCUCCCAUUCCUCAAGGAGGACGUGGUGCAAUCCAGUUUGUGACUCAGUAUCAGCAUUCCAGUGGACAGAGACGUAUCAGAGUGACCACAGUUGCCAGAAACUGGGCAGAUGCACAGACCCAGAUUCAAAAUAUUGCUGCAUCUUUUGACCAGGAAGCUGCUGCAAUUCUCAUGGCUAGAUUGGCAGUGUACAGGGCAGAGACAGAGGAGGGCCCUGACGUGCUGAGGUGGCUGGACAGACAGCUUAUACGACUGUGUCAGAAAUUUGGAGAAUAUCACAAGGAUGAUCCAAGCUCUUUCAGAUUUUCAGAAACAUUUUCACUUUAUCCACAGUUCAUGUUUCACUUGAGAAGAUCUCCUUUCUUACAAGUUUUUAACAACAGUCCGGACGAGAGCUCCUACUAUCGUCAUCAUUUUAUGCGUCAAGAUCUAACCCAGUCGCUUAUCAUGGUUCAGCCAAUUCUUUAUGCCUACUCUUUCAAUGGACCUCCAGAGCCUGUUCUUCUGGAUAGCAGCAGCAUUUUACCAGAUCGCAUUCUCCUUAUGGACACCUUUUUCCAAAUCCUUAUUUAUCAUGGAGAGACCAUAGCACAGUGGCGUAAGUCGGGGUACCAAGAUAUGCCAGAAUAUGAAAAUUUCCACCACUUGCUGCAAGCUCCAGUAGACGAUGCCCAAGAAAUUCUCCAUUCCAGAUUUCCAAUGCCCAGAUACAUUGAUACAGAGCAUGGAGGAAGCCAGGCUCGAUUCCUGCUUUCAAAAGUAAAUCCCUCUCAGACUCAUAACAACAUGUAUGCAUGGGGACAGGAGUCUGGAGCACCCAUUCUUACUGAUGAUGUCAGCUUACAAGUAUUUAUGGAUCAUCUGAAGAAACUCGCUGUCUCAAGUGCUGCCUGAAAUUCUGCAGUGCAUUAGAGGCACAGAUAAACUGCAGCCAUAUUUCAGCUUUUUUCUCCUUUACCCUUUUCCAUGUCUCUCUUGACAGUGCUCUGAUAUGCACAAGCUGCCUGACUAGAU